AUCGGCGGACUGUCAGUCAUUCCCUUCCCUCUUCCCUCCCCAGCCGCCAUGGUUCUCUCCUCCGCUUCCAGAUGGUGCUGCUUCUCGCUGCUGCUGCUGGCACUGGUGUCCCCGAGCACGGCCGACUCGGAGAUGGUUAGCCCGGGCUCUGCGGCAGACAAGUUUAAGGUGGAGGGCCGAGCGGUGGUGCCCGGGGUGAGGCCGCAGGACUGGGUGAGCGGUGGCCGGGUGUUGGUAGACGGAGAGGAGCAUGUCGGCUUCCUGAGGACUGAUGGGAGCUUUGCUGUUCACGACGUUCCUUCUGGUUCCUAUGUGGUUGAAGUUGUGUCUCCAGCAUAUCGUUUUGAACCUGUCCGUGUUGACAUCACGUCGAAGGGUAAAAUGAGGGCCAGGUAUGUAAAUCACAUUAAAACAUCAGAAGUAGUCCGUCUGCCAUAUCCUCUGCAGAUGAAGUCGUCUGGGCCUCCAUCCUAUUUCAUUAAGAGAGAAACCUGGGGAUGGACAGACUUUCUUAUGAACCCAAUGGUGAUGAUGAUGGUUCUCCCUCUCCUGAUCUUCGUACUGCUUCCUAAAGUUGUGAACACUAGUGAUCCAGAAAUGCGUCGGGAAAUGGAGCAAUCCAUGAACAUGCUGAACUCCAACCCUGAACUACCUGACGUUUCUGAGUUUAUGACCCGGCUUUUUACUUCAAAAUCUUCAAGCAAAUCCAGCAGUAGUGGAAAAGCAGUGAAGAGCGGAGUUGGGAAAAGGAGGUAGUGAUAGUAAUCCACACUGGACCCACAGCCCCACCCUAUGGAUACACCGAGCUCGGUCAAACACAUAAGAAAUAUUGUCCAAUGUGUGGAAUUUUGCAUACCUUUUUUUUUAUAUUUUCAGGGAUGCCUUGAACUAGUUGAUUUAUUUUGUUGAGUGCAUUUUUUUGUUUUCCAUACCUUGUGAAUUUAUUUAAUUUAAUUUGGGGGGGGGGUUUGUGUGUAUGUUGGCGGGGGGCACUCACAUUUUCAAAUCAAUGUGAAAAUGUAUGAUAUUUAACAUUUACAUACAUGUCCAUUUAAAAAGAUACUUCUGCAGCAUGGCUUCUGUGGAUGAUGCUUGGUCACUUUAACGGUAUGCAUGUAGUAAGUACUAGUGGUACAGAGGAAACAGAAUUGUUUUUGUUUUUUCAUUCUAUCCCAUUUUAAUAAUUUUCCAUUAAAAGGUAUUUACAAGUAUGACAAA